GGAAACUGGAGGCAGGCAGACAGACUAGUAGCUUGCUGCUGAGCGAAGCUCUGAGAAUUGCAUAGGGAAGGAGAGAUACCGCUGUUCUCUACGUGCAGCGUUGUAAUUUACUGUUUCAAAUAGUAUUUGUGUAGUACUCAAGCUGCUUGUGUUUUUAAUUUCAAUCAACUCGGGCGAGGAACCGUUGCACGAAUUAAAGGACUCGUUCGACGUCUUUUAUGGUAAGAAGAAGAUUACUACACUGAUGUCAUUGGGUGGUCGGCAUCACCUGCCUUUCUAAUGGCUCCAAACUCUGUUAUCGUCAUUGGACCUAUCCCAGGAUUAAUUAACAGUGGACAGGAUAUUUUCUGGGGUCUACUUGCCUUAGCUUGUGCCUUUUUGGUCCUGUCUGUUUUCAUUUUUCUGUGCAGUAUCUGUGACAGGCCCCCAGAGGAUGAUGUGCAUUUAAUGAGUGUGCUUUCAGAUAAGGAGACCAACAGUUUCCCAUUGAGCUCCAGAAAUGAGCUACCAGCAAAUGGCCACACCGAGAGCCUUACAAAUGGAGAUGUUCUUUCAGAUCGGAGCACAAUUAUUAAUUCCUCUGAAGAUGCAUCGCUUCCAGUUGAACCAGACCAACAAGAUACACAGAGUAAAUCAUCAAAAUGUCCACAGAGUAGAGAACUGCCUCAAAUACCCGGCAAUGAUUCAUUGCUGAGCACAGAACCUGCAGAGGUGAAUGAAGUCAAGAUCUUGCAUGGAGUGUGUAACACCUAUGAAGUGCUAAAGGACAGCUCAUCUCAGGACAUAAUCAUCGAAGACUCUCUCUAUGAAACUGUGAAAGAGCUGAAAGAGGAAUCCGGCAGUGUGGCCAAUGAAAUAUAUGGUCAGGCAGACAACACGGAUUUGGAUAUCCCGGCACUCGAUCACAAUCACGAGCUUGCUGAUGGGGCUGCAGCAUAUGCAACAGUAAGCAAUGUGAAAAUGAAUCGCAGUAUUUCCACAGAGCAGAGAUUGAUUAUUGAAGAUGAUCCUCCACCACCACCGAUAAAGCAGCUGGAUGAAAACACAGAGGCACAAAACUGCAAGUUUCAAGAUGAGGAUUCAUCACUGACACAAGCUGAAAUUGCAGCCAUGUACUCCACUGUGAGUAAAUCAGCACCGCCAUGGUUUCAAACAGACACAGAGCAGGAAGCUGGUUACGCCUGCAUUGAUGAAGUAACCCCUGGAAGAUAUCCAUGUACACCUAACCAUCUUUAUGCAUCUGUUACUGGCUUUGAAGAAGUACCUGGAGUCCCACACCAGAAUGAAUCUGCAGUGGUGGGAGGAGAUGAUGUUGAUCCCGGAUAUGAAGCCAUCAGAGCUCUGAAAGAGGUUCCACCAGAACAGAAUGCUGAAUCUACUGGAAAGCAGUCCACCGGCCUAGGAGAGAAUGAUUAUGAAAGCAUUCAUGACAUGGAUCAGAAAUAGUACAUGCUGAUCCUGGUGUUUGACUGCUAUAUCUCCUAAAUAUCUGCUGAGACACAACUUAGGCUUCUACUUUAAAAUCAUUUGUUGCUUGACGUUUCUUCAAAUAUAAAUAGAAUGCAAGGAGGAAAUAUUCUGUGACAUUUACUCCUGAGAAUUAAUGAAAAGGGCUUUUAAGACUGCAAAAUCAUUUUUGAACUUAUGAGUAGAAAAUUAGCAAGAUUUAUUUUGCUAAUGAUAGCCCAUUUUCAAGCAAAAAUUAUGGUUUAAACUUGAAAGCUGCAAACAGUACACAUAUCAUUUACAUCAUGGGAGAGUAAAGACAGCAUCUUAAUUUCUUAAAGAUGGAGGGCUAGAAAUUACUUUACUACAAAUUAGCAUAUUACUUAUAAAUUAGCACCAUGGAUCAAAAAUUGUGUUUGUAAAAGUAAAGGAUAUGAUCGUUAAUUGCAAUGGUGUAAUGCACGUUGCAUUGUUUGGAGGGACAGUGGCAGACAAUUACAGAAAUCUGAAAGGUCAAAGAAAACUGGUGAAGAAUAUUUCUUGUUGGAGAUGCUUUCUUUAUGCAAGAGGCAUGUGGAGACAACCACAGGUAAGAGUUUGCUAGAAGGUCUUUUAAAAAUAAAACUACACGAAAGCUGUCUAAGAACGGCUUGAUUUUGCAAGUGUGCAAUGCAGGCAAACAUUUGCUCCCAUCUGCCAAUCUCUGGCAUGAACACAAAUUUUUCCCCCCCCUUUAAUGCAGAAGCAAGCACAACACUGAGAUUUGGCAGAGAUUAGCAGCAGCUGCCUGGUUUUAUCCCAAUGCAAAGGAGAUUAGAUUGUCUGCAGACACCUCAUAGCCAUUGUAUUCCUCUUGAGUUUUUUUUCCUUUUUAAGCUUCAGCCUACUGAAGCGUUUUACAAACUAUAAUUUCAUUACCUUCCUCCUACUGUACCUAUAUCUUGCUGUUACUCUAACAGGCAAACAACCUGUUUUCCUUUAAGCAUAAAACUUGUUUUCAAAAGAUGGCUGUAAAAAUGUGUGAAGAAUUGGGAUGUUAACCUCUGAUCGAGAGUCUAAUUUAACACAACGCACCAGAAAUUAAUCUUAACUGCACUUCUUAAGUUAAAGAAAAGCACAAAUUCACUGGUUUAGGUUUAUUAAGCACUGAACAUUUGUAAUGACUGGGAAGUACAUUACUCUCCUAUAUCACUGUGGUCUUCCUAUAGUUAUGCACCAAAAAUCAAACUCUCUAAUAAUUUAAAGCUUUGAUUAAGGCUUUGAAUUGCUAAUCCAUAGACAAGUUGUUCCCGUGAUAUUUUAGUGGAGACAUUUAAGUAACUGCUCUCCCACAUAUCAGCUUCAGAAACUGGUCACUCCUGCAAGUGUUCAAAACACAGAUUGGUCAGUUAUGACUGCAAUGCUUCGAGUGGUGAAUGUACAAUCAAGCCUGAUCCACUGACAAGCACUUUUAAUCAGAUCAUGGUCCUCUCAAGUUAGAUAGAACACAGUUCCUUGUGGGGUUUUCUAUUAAAUAGCCUGUUGAAUAAGGGAUUUGUUUUCCUAGACAUGGAUACAAGUUAAACAUAUUCAAUGCCCCCUCUCAACACCGAAGAGAUAAUGCUGUCUGUUUGACUGUGAACUCUUCUGUAGUUUAGGGUACUAGAUCACAAUGGAUUUGUUGCAACUCCUGCCCUCUUCACAUUAUUGAUAAACAUUUAAUGUGGUAUGGUAGAAAAGUCAUGACAUCAUAAGAAAAUUAUCCGUUGUUCAUAGUGUCAAAGUAGCAAAGGGUAAAGCUGAAAAAUACCCAAGUAUGUUGUAGACUUCACACAUGUCCAAUCAAGGCCAGGUAAUAAAUAGCAAUUAUUACCAAUGACAAGGGCAAUUAUGUUUCUUUGGCUAAAAUAUAGAAAAUCAUUAUUACAAAGUAUUUUAAACUACAGCAAUGAAACCAUGAAAAAUCAAAAGCAAAGAAAACAAUGAUAUCUGCAAUGCAUGACUAUCGGGAUCAGUCUGGGUUCAUUAAUUAAAACGGUCUCGUUCAACCAUAUUUAUGAUUGUAACAAUAAGUGGAAUAAUUAAGUUUAGUCACUUGCCUGUUCUAAUACUUUAAAUGUCUUCAGUAAAUUGAUUAUGUGGAAAUUCAGGCAUCCAAAAGCUGCUCAAUUCCAAGUUACCAUAUUGUAUUUUUAGGGAGGGGGAGGGUAACAGAUAUGAAUCUGGUGCUGAGACAAUGUUGAGUAAUUCAUAUUCUCAAAAAGUUAAUGUAUGCACACCAAAGUUGGUAUGCUUCGUGUUCCUUUGUGGAAUUAGCAUAACAGCACAAUUAGCAUGAUAUUUUCUUGCAAUAGUUCAUUUUCAUUUGGUGGCUUCCAGAGCAAAUGGAUCCACAGAAAAGCACAGGACACAAUGUUAUACCAUAUAUACCCGAUUUCAAUCCUUGUUUAAAUAUGCCUUGUUUUAAAAAAAACAUUUACCAAAUUGGCAUUGGUAAUACUUUUUGAUGAAAUGCUAUUAUAAGAUGUAUCUUAAAUGUGGGUACCACUUGGAGACUUGAUCUGUUAGUUUUAGCAGAAUCCUUUAUGACUGAUAUUGACAUUUACAUUAUUCAUCUGCAUAUUUCUAUAGCACCCUAUCCAGUUGCUUUUAAUUAAAUGAUUUGACAUAUUGGAAAAAGGAUUCAAAUGUAAUGCGGUGAUAAAAUGAAAUGAAACUUAAAUAAAUGCUGCACUUCCAACUCCAAAGGAAUUUUAUAACGUAUCCACAUUACUUGAGUUUAUUUACCAAUUAUACUUUGUUUUAGCUGUAGCAUCUAUGAUCCUCUGUUACAAAAUAUGGUACAUAUUACAUAAAGUUCAGUAACUUUUGUAUUCACUUUUAGAUAAAUCUUUUGUACUUAAAUUACAAUAUAUAUAUACAUCAAAUUUUACUUAAGACUAAUGAAUACAUUUCUAUUAUUUUUUAUGAAAUCUGUAUAUUACUUUAGAAGUUUAACAAAUUUUGUGUAUUUGAUAAGAUGUUACUUUGAUGAAAAGGCAUUUUAUAGUUUUGUUUUUGAGCCAGAGAAGAGUUUUGUUGUUUUCAUUGCAAUGAUGUCCGAUGAAAUUGAUUUCAGAGUGGUUUACAUCUAAGUGUCAAAAAAUAAAGAAGGUACAUCUGUAAUGACAAAGUUGAGUAUUUUGGGCACUACUCUAAAUCACACAGCUCUUCACAUUUCCAGUUUAGGGUAGUUUGACCCAUUUUACCAUCUGAUUUUGGGAUUAAUCAGAUUGAUUCUUUAAAUCUGAAGAAGAAAUUGCUGCCAAAAAGUGAUGGUAUUUCCACAUCACUUCUCCUAGGUUUGGACUUAUUGCUGUCGGUCUAAUUGUCUUAUUUUUAUUCUUGUCACAUGACCUGUGCUAGGACCAAGUUUUGUUCAGUGUAUGAAGUCCACAAUUAAUUAAAGCCUAUUAUUUGGAUCUAUUUUCUUAUUUACCUCGCACUUGUUAUUUAUAACCUUAGAUUGUCUUGUGCUUGGUGCAUUACCAUAUUGACAAAUUAAAACAUCUGUAUGAAUUGAAAUUUUGUGCAAAUUUAUGGAUAACUGCUAUUAUAAAAUAAAUAUUCCAUGUGUUCAUAUUAGAUUUUGUAUUGCACAUUAAUCAUUUUGAUUGUUAACUGUUGGUGAUAUUUUUAUUGAAAUAACUUCAAAACAUUUCAUUACUAUCUUGUAAAUAAAGUAAACGGCCA